UGGAGGACUAGUCUCCUAGCAAAACUCUCUCAUUGUUCCUUCAUGCACCAACCACUCUCUCCAUCGUUGCUCCUCUCUUCUCUCUGAACUGUACGCACUGUACGGCUUCGCCAUUCCUCUCUCCCAUUCGCUCCCGAGAGAUGGCAAUGCAAACAGAAGAUUCUUCCCCUGGCCCCAGUGCUGAAGUGGUCGGGAAUGUGUUUGUGGAACAGUAUUACCUCGUUCUUUAUCAAUCCCCAGAACUGGUUUACAGAUUUUAUCAUGAUUCUAGUGUGCUAAGCCGACCUGGGCCUGAUGGUGUAAUGACAACAGUGACAACCUCAGAAGGAAUUAAUGACAUGAUCCUCUCCUUUGACUACAAGGGCCAUAAGGCAGAGAUAUUGACUGCAGAUGCUCAGUUUUCCUACAAGGAUGGGGUGGUUGUUUUGGUAACCGGUUGUUUGACUGGGAAGGACAAUGUGAGAAGGAAAUUCACUCAGUCAUUCUUUCUAGCUCCACAAGAUAAUGGCUACUUUGUCUUAAAUGAUGUUUUUAGAUACAUGGAUGAAAGAGAAUCGCUCAUGGUUGAAACCAUUGCAGUUAAUGAUGUAAAUGAAAAUUCUCCAGUAGCGCCUUUGACUCCAGAGCCAGAAAGCACUCAUGUUCUUGAUCACCCUAAGUCGAAUAACACUAGUCCCGUGGAAGAAGAUGCUGCCGAUGAUGAAGAAGUAUGUGAUCUAACAGAAAAUGAAGGGGGACCAGUUUCUGAAGAAAAGGUUGUUUGUGAAAUCCCAGUUGAUCCAAGUAAAGAUGUUCACCCAGUCUCUGAGACAGUUUCUGCUGUCAUUGAAGAGGAUGCACCAAAGAAGUCUUAUGCUUCCAUAGUGAAGGUGAUGAAGGGGGAGAUGGCUACAAGUUCAGUUCAUGUACCUCCUGGUGCUGUAAGAGCUGCUAAAAGUAAUGCAAAGGUUUCACCUGCAAACAUUGAGCGACAUGUAAGCACAUCUGCAGCACCCCGAGCACAAGUUCAUAGUAGCAACAGUGCCCCCAGUGGCAACAGUGCCCCCAGUGGUAACAAUGCUCCCAGUAGCAACAGUACCCCCACUAAUAAUGGUGCCCCUAGAAGCAACAUUUCUCCAGAAAGUGGCCAGGAUCAUCCUGAAGUUGGUGGCCAUUCCAUAUACAUCGGGAAUCUGCCUUUGAAUGCGACUGUUCAACAAGUUGAAGGGGUGUUUAAGAAAUUUGGGCCCAUCAUAAGUGGUGGUAUCCAAAUUAGAAGUUACAAGGGCUAUGGUUUUGGUUUUGUUGAGUUUGAAUCCUUGGAUUCCAUGCAUAGUGCAAUAAAGGCUUCUCCUAUUACAAUUGGCGGUCACCAGGCUACUAUUGAGCAGAAGAAGACUACCCUUCGAGUUGGCAAUGACAGGGGGAGGCCCUCAUCAGGAAGAGGUGGAUACCGAAACGAUAAUUUCAGGGGCCGUGGGAACUUUGGUGGACGCGGCUAUGGCAGGAAUGAGUUUGACAACCGGGGCGAGUUCUAUGGACGAGGUCGGGCCCCUAAUGGACGCAAUAGCGACCCCUACCAGAGGGAUUAUCAGAACAGGGGUGGAAGAGUUUAACACUCGAUAUGGAUUUAACUAGAGUGAGGUUUCUAUUCUCAGAACCCAUAACUGGUAACAACCCCAUAUUCCUUUUGUUUUUUUUACUCUUCACAUCGUUGAUACAGGGAAAGCUACUUUUGUAGUCAGCUGGUGGCACCUGAGGAUUUUGACAUUAACACAUCAUUUGAGAUGAAGGCGUGUUCUUUCCUUAGACCGGAAGUAGGGGAGUAUAUUAAAACUGUUUUCUGUAAUUAGACAUUUUCUCCAUGUCAUGCUAAACGUCACUGGUCCUAGUACUGCGAGUGUGGGAGGACCCAAGUUGUGGAAAUCUGAACUCAGGCUGGGCUUUAUAUUGAAGAGACUGGAGUGGGCCUGGGUUCAGCUUUUUGCAUCCAAGUGUUCAGUUCCCAGCACUUAUCUGCACAUUGCUUGCGGGGAUAUUGCUUAAACCACGGACAUCCUAGCUGCUUUUUUAACUCUAAAACACGCAAUCGACCUCAUUAUAAUCCACUAGGGGAAGUAUCUCAAUCUCAAUUUCGCCUUUUCCUUCU